GGGUUAGGGUUUUGCGGGCUCUCAUCUGCCUCAAUAUAAAUCCAGCGCUCGAGGGUUUUCUCUCUCCUCGUCCCGCCGCCUCCUCUCCAUUUCCUCCCGUCCGUGCUCCCUGUGGUGUUCUGAGAGAGAGAAAUGGCGGCGAAGAAGGCUACGGCGAAGAGCCGGAACCCGGAACUGAUCCGCGGGAUCGGGAAAUACUCGCGGUCGAAGAUGUAUCACAAGCGCGGGAUCUGGGCGAUCAAGGCCAAGCACGGUGGCGCCCUCCCCCGCCACGAGCCCAAGGUGGCGCCGCCCAAGCCCGCCGAGAAGCCCCCCAAGUUCUACCCCGCCGACGACGUCAAGACCCCCAUCCCCAAUCGCCGCAAGCCCAAGCCUACCAAACUCAGGCCGAGCAUUACGCCUGGAACGGUAUUGAUUCUUCUCGCUGGGAGGUUUAUGGGGAAGAGGGUUGUCUUCUUGAAGCAGUUGUCUUCGGGAUUGCUUCUUGUUACUGGGCCCUUCAAGAUCAAUGGAGUUCCUCUGCGUCGUGUGAAUCAGGCUUAUGUCAUUGGAACAUCCACCAAGAUUGAUAUUUCUGGGGUUGAUGUUGAGAAAUUUGAUGACAAAUAUUUCACAAAGGAAAAGAAGAACAAGACAAAGAAGAGUGAAAAUGAAUUUUUUGAUACACAGAAAGAGGAAACCCGGGCACUCCCACAGGAGAAGAAAGAUGACCAGAAGGCCGUGGAUGCCCAAUUGGUUAAAGCCAUUGAAGGUGUCCCAGACUUGAAGACCUAUUUGGGUGCUAGAUUUUCUCUUAGGGCAGGCAUGAAACCACAUGAGCUUGUUUUCUGAAACGGCAAUGAAAGCAUUGGAGCUGCUUCCCUCCCUAGUGCUGUUCAAUCUUCAAUUUAGGUGCCUACUUCCAGUUUUGGAUGCAAGGAAGUUAACUUUAUUUUUUCUUUUUAUUAUGUUUGGUUUGUCAUGCAUGAGGGAUGUUUACUCAGGUCUUAUUUGGUGGGUCGGACUAUUUGGUUAUAUCUGCAUUAUAAAUAGAUCCCAUGUUAUUUCUUACCUUCUUUAAGAAUGACUCUUUCAGCACUAUGAAAAUAGUUUCAUUUGGAAUCUGCAUAAA